CUCAGCCCCGCGUGAGCUGCGCAGACCGGUCAAACUUUUUAGUGCUGUCACGCUUCCAUCGGUUCAGACUUGUUAAAUAACUUUCUCCUAACUCAUUGUAGGCCUACUGCCCAGGGAAGUUAUCCGCGCAUUGCGCAAACUAUGUGCGCUGACUGCCCGACUGCUCGCGCGGAAAAGGAGCCAACCUGUCAAGUUUUAAACCGAGGCAUGAUGGAGUCGCAAACAGAGCUGCAGGCGGGUGGAGGUGUUUGUCAGAGAGGAUGCGGGCUGCGGCUCUCUGGUGAGGACAUGAGCUCCGGGCAGCACUGCUGUGUGGAGGCGCUGCGCACCGUCACCGAGGCGCUGGAGGAAAGAAGCGCCAGUUUGGAGCAUGAAACCCGGAUGCAGAGGCUCAGGUGGAACCGCAGGGAGCAGAGCCUGCUGGCCCAGGUGACAGCUCUGCAGACCGAGGCCCAGCUCUCUGCUCUGCAGCACCAGCGAAGACUGCACCAGUACAUGCUGCACAUCCACAGCCUGGCGGAGCAGCUCACCGGCUAUUGCCAGAGGGAUGUGAGGACAACUGCUGACAUUCAAAACAAGAUUUCAGAUAAAGAGGGAGAGUCUCAGGAGCAGCUUAAAGCACCUGAGGUGAACGGGAAGGAGUUGUCCAAAUCGAGCCAUGAGGAGACGGCGGAGGCCUUCCGCGCUGCCAGGGACCCCGUCGUGGUGCAGGUCAUCAGGCGGACCCCCAGCGGCCGCCCCCAUGGCCUCCCUCAGGAAAUCCAUGUGGUGGAUGUAUGCACUCAGACCGACAUCACUUUCGAACACAUCAUGGCGUUGGCAAAGCUCCGGCCUUCGACCCCUCCUGUGCCUGACGUCUGUCCCUUCCUGCUCUCUGACAGCUGUCAUUCUCUUCAUACAAUGGACAAGGAUUACUAUGAAGGGACGGAUUACCUCUCCCCUGUUCCAGCUGAUGGAGAGAGGACGGAGGAGUUUGAGUAUGAGGAAGUGGAAUUGUGUCGACUCAACAGCCAAGAGAAGUUGGGGCUAACUCUUUGCUACAGAACAGAUGAAGAGGAUGAUGUUGCCAUCUAUGUCAGUGAGAUCUGUCCAAACAGCAUCGCCGCCAGAGAUGGACGCAUCAGAGAGGGCGACCGUAUUUUACAGAUUAAUGGCCAAGAUGUACAAGACAGAGAGGAAGCAAUGGCUGCCCUCGCCAAUGACGGCAGUAGGAACAUCAUACUGCUGGUUGCCAGACCUGAAUUGCAGCUGGAGGAGGCCUGGCUGGAUGAUGAGCACAGUGAGUUCCUGGAGCAGCUGAAGAUGGAAAUGUUGGAGGAGCAGCAGAGGGAGGAGAUGGAAUUGGCUGCCUUACAGGAGGAGCAGGAGAAUGAGCAGAUGAGAGCAGAAGAUGACAAGCCCACCUGCUCAACACUCCCCCAUCAUAAGGAUAACGUACUAAGUAUAAAGGACAGAAUGGAAAGCUCGGAGCAUAAUGUCCUGGCACACAUCCAGAAACGUUUGUCCCAGUGCCUGAGAGACAAUCGGGACACACACCGUAGCACGGGCUCCACGCGGCUGGAGGACAAAGACGAUGAGGACGAUGAUGAGUCGGAGGGGGAUCGUUUCCAGCAGCUCUUGGAGCUAAAGUGUCAGAUCCGCAACAGCGGUGAGUACGACCUGUUCUACAGCCGGCGCAGCACCAUCGAGUGCAGCAUCCGGGAGCAGGGCGGUGUGCAGCACGAGCUGCGGAUGCUCAACGACGAGCUGCGCAGCAUCGAACUAGAGUGUCAGAACAUCAUGCAGGCGCACAACCUUCGUAAGGGCCAGCAGUCUCCCUCCACAGGACACUCGGCCCCCUCCACUAAAAACCAAAGCCUCAAUCGUAGUGACCCGUCCAGGGGUAAACUUAUUGACAUUAACGGGAGGCUGGAAAAAUCGGACAAGGACAGCUCCAGUGCCUAUAACACGGCGGAAAGUUCACGAAGCACCCCUCUGGCAAUGGACCGCUCGCCGGAGCACUCACUACAGAGGAUGGUCAGCCUCACUAACCAGAGGAACCUCCGCAGUGGACUUGCCAGUGGCCCUUCUCUCAGCCCGAGCCCCAUUCCAGCAUACAGUGCUGCAGUCCCAGGGAAAAGUAGCAGCCCUGACCACAGCAAUCAUUCGAAGUCCAACCAGACUUCUCAGGCUGAGGAGGAGAGCAGUGGGAAAGUAAAGUCACUUGCUUCCCAGAUUCCAUACUUCUCUCCAUCCCACAGUUCCCAGCAGAGGCAGGUCAACAUCCCCGCACAUGCGCGCCACUACCAGAGCUACAUGCAGCUGAUCCAGCAGCACUCAGCUGUUGAAUACGCUGAGAGCCAGCUCAGCCUGCUCAGCGUGUGCAAAGAGCCUCAGAGGCCCAAUAAUGAGAACAAGAUGGAGUGGAAGGUCAAGAUCCGCAGUGACGGCACGCGCUACAUCACCAAGAGGCCUGUGAGAGACAAGAUCCUGAGGGAGCGAGCCCUGAAGAUUAAAGAGGAGCGCAGCGGGGGAAUGACCACCGAUGAUGAUGCAAUGAGUGAAAUGAAGAUGGGGAGGUACUGGAGUAAAGAGGAACGAAAGCAGCAUCUGGUCAGAGCAAAAGAACAGAGGCAGAGACGAGAGUUCAUGCAGCGCAGCCGGCUGGAGAGUUUAAAGGAGAACCCUCAGAGCAGCAGCGAGGGGCGCAAGGAGGUCAGCAUUAUUGAGCUCAGCCAGAAGAAGAUGUUGAAGAAACGCAACAAGAAGAUCCUGGACAACUGGAUGACCAUCCAGGAGCUGAUGACUCACGGUACCAAGGCCCCUGAGGGGGGGGCUAAGGUGCACAACGCCUUCCUAUCAGUCACUACUGUAUAAAACUGACACUCACAUUCUACCCCAUGCGGUAUAAUAUACUUGCCUCGUUCAAUGUGGCGUUUUUAUGAGGACAAUAGGAAUAUUUUUCACACUUUGUAACCCAAAAAGCAUUUUGUAAAGAAUUUAUCAGUGUUGUCAUGGCAUUUUCUUCAUGUUUUUUCAAUAUUGUUUUUCACAUCACUAUGCGGGGAAAACAUUUUCUAUGAAAUGACGACUAUAUAAUUAUUUUA